AUGGCCGACAGUGUCAUCGCGCGUAAGGACGCCAUAACCACUACCCCAGGGAGUUCGGAUUACCUCAAAAUCGGCUUUUUCCAGACUGCGGUCUUGCGCGCCUUGGACUACCAUGAAACGACUGAAAGCGCAUGCGCUGAUACACAGACGGACUGGGAGGGAUAUCUAGUGUCUAGCUCGGAGGGAUUACUCCCCUAUCUGACCAAUGCGACGCGAGAUACGGGGUAUCCGCUGGAUAGAUUUGCGACGGGGGAUGGGCUUACGCAUUUGUACGACAAAUCGCAAAACACCACAAUCAAAAAUGCAUUGCACGCCCUCCGCGAGUCAGCUAAUCUCCAACCCCGAAACCAAUACGACGGAUACUGGUUCUAUACAUACCCGAACUGGAGCUAUCUCGACGGUACAUACUCCCUCCUUCCGUUUCUGGUAGAGUAUACGCAGCGGUUCGAUCCUGGGAAUGCUACGGCCGUCGCCGGGGAUGUGAUGCAUCAAUUGGAGUUAUUGUGGGCGUAUUGUCAGGACCAAGGCACCACUGGCAGUGGAUUGCUAGUCCACGGCUACGACUCCACCAAGAAAGCAUCCUGGGCUAACCCCGUUACUGGGGGAAGUCCGUAUGUCUGGAGUAGAGCGCUAGGGUGGUAUUUCAUGGCGCUUGUUGAUGUGUUCGAUAUUGUACGCUCGCACGAUAUCUUCCCUAGUGAGUUAGAGUCAUAUAUCCGUCAACGAUACACAGAAUUGGCGAAAGCUGUUCUCUCCGCUGCAGACAAAGACAACGGCUGCUGGUGGCAAGUGGUGACCCUCCCCCACGCAAAAGGUAAUUAUAUUGAGACGAGCGGGUCAGGAAUGCUUGUUUAUGGGUUGCUCAAAGGUUCACGUCUCGGACUGUUGUCUCCCGAGGAGGAAUAUACAGGGAUGGCGGAGAAAUGCUAUAACCAUAUGCUGCGGGAGUAUGUGGUCGAUGAGGGCAAUGGAUUGCUUGGGUUCAACGGCACUGUUGGUGUGUGUAGUUUGAAUUCAAGCGCGACUUACGAGUAUUAUGUCAAUGAACCGGUGGCUUAUAACAGCCUGCACGGGAUCGCGGCGUUCACAUUGGCGAGUCUGGAACAUGAAAUGCGGUACAAUCAAGUUCUAUGA